GGUACCAAACCAAACUGACACGUCCAGGUUCAACAGAGACAAUUGCGGCAUUUUCAUCAAAUCCAGUUCCCCCGCUAUACAUCGUGGUUUUAGCAAAUUGACACAUUAAAGCCAAGAGAUACAUUUCCGGCAUUUUCAUCCAACCCACUUCCCCAAAUAUACAUUUCUAUCAAAUUAGGUUUACAACUGCAAAAAAAAAAAUUCCAAUAGCCAUGUCAAUUGAUGUACAAUCGAAGAAGAAACUGAAAUUCACCGACGAAGACAGAAUCAGCGCAUUACCCGAUGAUCUAAUUCAUCAAAUUCUCAAGUCUGUGGAUACCAAAGAAGCAGUUCAAACCAGCAUUCUCUCGAAACGAUGGAAGUUUGUAUGGACUACUCUCCCUUUCCUCAAAUUCAAAUGGGCUCACCCACGUUUCCAAGAUACCAGUGUUAAUAAAAGCAAUGCUAAAUUUACCCGUCAUGUUUUGAAUUAUCGAAACCAUAAUUCUUCGAUUUCGUGUUUGGAGCUUAAGUACCUCACUCCUGGUUUAUUGGAUAGGUUUAUUAAGUAUGCUAUUGCUCAUCAUGUUGAGUGUCUUGAUGUUCAUUUACGACACAAGCAUAAGCCGUAUAUGUUAGGGAGUUUCAGCUCUGGUUCGAUUAAGAAACUUAAAGUGAGGAUGAGUUUUGAGGAUAUUGUGCCUGAAUCUGAUUGUUGGGAUUUGCCUGCGUUAACGAGUUUACAUUUGUGUCGGCUUUUUCUGUUUUUUGAAAAUCAGAAUUUGCCGGAGAGAUGUAUAACUUGUUUGCCCGCGUUGAGAGAUUUGUGUCUUGAAGAUUGGGACUUGAGGGAAUCGUCUUUAUCUUUCAAUUGGCCGGGUUUGACGAGUUUCUGUCUGAUUAAGUGCAUAUUGCCUACAAAAGUUUGGAAUUUUCCGGGUUUGAAGAGUUUAGAGCUUCUCGAUGUGACGUUUCCGAAAAAUAUGAGGGAGAUAUUCACUGCACUUGUCAGUCUAAAAGAUCUCAUAUUAUCUUUUGAUGAGGUUUCCCAGACAAAAUAUUUCUUACAUUGUCCUGAAUUGGUGAACCUGGAGAUCAGAACCCGGUACAUAAGCCCAUUCUUUGAGAUUGUUAAAAGAAACUUUGUGGUUUCUGCACCAAAACUCAAAAAUUUCACUUCUGUCGGUAUCUUCACGGUCAAAUUUGAUGUUCCUGAGUUGGACAAUGUUUAUAUGAAAUUGCGUGGUUGGAUUGAUGAUCAGAGUUUUUCUCCAAACCAGUUAAAGGAGUAUUAUCGACCGUUUAGACAAAUGCUACUGGGGCUUGGUGGUGCCAAAAUCCUUCAUUUCGAGUUGGAGACAAUAAAGGCACUUUCAUCAAUCUCUGACUUUCUUGGAAGAUCUCCCCCUCCAUUCUGUAACUUGAAGUAUGUCAAACUACCACAUGGAUCUGAAGAAGCAAUCAUUUCUAACAAUUUAAGAAGCUACUUACUUGGUGCCUCUCCAACAGCCUCCAUUGUCACAACAUUUUCACAGAGCAACAUGAAAAAUUCUCAUACAACAACAGCUUCUGUGACAUCUCAAAAUGUGGCUCUACAAAAGCCUUUGGUUUCUUCAACAAAGGUUCUGGUUGAUUCUGGAAAUGUACCUAAAACUGUGUGCAUUAAUACUGUGGACGUAGGGGUUCAAGCAGAGCAUGUGGUGCGGAAUUCUGUACAACAUACCUACAGUGACAGGGUUAGACAUGUUGGUUCCCCUGUUGACGGGACCGACAAUGAUCAUGCGAGAUCUUCUUCAGGCAAUCCGGAUAUUAGAUUAUGGAGGGGUUAUGAUGUUAACUCAAAAUUUGUAUGUAUACUCAAUGCCAUAAUGGAUAAGUACCCAGAAACAUUUGAGCACUUCGCGACCAGAAAUAGAAAUUUCAGUGAAAUGAAGCUAAAUAUGUUGUGCACCUCAGUACAUGACUUUGUCAAAAUGCCUGUGCUCAUAGUUGAUGCUGAAAUACUUGCUGGGUACUGGGAUGUAUUUGCUGACUUGCAGAAACUGGGAUUUGAUGUAAGUUGGCUGGUGAGUCGUCUGGUCAUUGUUGAACAGCUAUACACCGCGCACCCCCUACUUCUUAAGCUUCAUGCAAUUGACUGUGAUAUUGAUGAUGCCCAAAGGAUGUUUCAAGAUUUGCAGUUUAAUAUGAAUGAAAUCAGUAGUAUAUUGCAAAAUCUGCAGACUCUUCGUAAUAAGAAGUUGCAAGAGAUUCGGAAAGUUGUUGGAACUACGGCUGCAAAACUUGCUGGUGGCUACAUUGGAGAUGAUUUGUUGCCUGUCACCUAAUUUACUUGGUGGUAUCAGUAUGUUUGUUUAGAUGCCUCGGUAGUCUAUUGUUUUUUGGCUUUUAUUGUUGCUUAAAACUAAAUUGCAAGAUUUGUAGGGAUGAAUCCGAAACUUGCAAGAUCCUCAGCCUCUUCAUGAGAGAUGCAACAGAUUGAAAAAGCUUUUAAAAGUAUGGGUUCGAAUUGUUUUAGGCUACAUUGAAGAUGAUCCAUCGCCUGGUCCCUAAUUUCCUCAGAGUUAGUCGUAUGCUUGAGUAUUGUUUGGCUGCCUUGUAUCUUGAAUAUUAUCUGCUCUCAUGAGUAUAGUAAGUAGAUUUCUGGUGCCUUGUAUCUUGUAUUGACUUUGGAUUAAACUGUUAGUAGUCUUUUCCUUCCUGCUGAUUCUUCAUGCGAAAGUGUUUUAAUGGCUGCACUAUGUCUUGCAAGUUAUUGCGCAUUUUACGUAUGAAUUCUUCUUUAUCA